CACAGUGCGGGCCAUGAGCGGAGCCGUUCCCCAGGACCUGGCGAUGGGGAAACUCAGCCAGUGAGAGACUAAGUGGCUUGACCACGGUCAUGCAGGAAGCCUCUGAUGGAGCAGGGAAUUGAACCUGGGUCUGUGGCUACUCUCUAGCAACUGAUGGACCAUCCUUCCUUUCAAAACUAGGAGGACUUGGGAACUCUUGCAGGUGCAUUUUGUCUAAGGAACAUCAGUUGCUUUUCUCGAUAAGGACAUGUCCGCACGAACUGUUUAAGCAUUGAUAUUAACAAAGCUCCUUUGCUGCUCUUAUGAACAGCUUGCCUAAAUAGGUUGUGAGCAGAGUUAGGAGGGUCAAGAGAAGAUGUUGUGUGUAGAGAUCUUUGUGGAAUUUGAUGGCUGUAACUGGAAGCAACAUGCCUGGGUGAAAGUCCAUGCUGAAGAAGUUAUAGUAUUGUUGCUGGAAGGGUCCUUGGUUUGGGCACCUCGAAGUGAACCAGUUAUGCUUCAAGGGACUCGAAUCUCUCCAACGCAGUGGCCAGCACUGACCUUCACUCCUCUAGUAGAUAAGCUGGGUUUAGGCUCUGUGGUCCCAGUGGAGUUUCUCCUGGACAGACAUCUACGUUUCCUGUCUGAUGCCAGUGGAUUACGCUUGUUUCAGAUGGGAACAGAGAGUCAAAAUCAGAUUCUGCAGGAACAGGCUGCACUAAGAGAAUCUGUCAAUGCCUUGAUCAGCGACCAGAAGCUUCAAGAGAUAUUUAGUAGAGGUCCUUACAGUGUCCAAGGCCAAAGAGUUAAAGUUUACCAGCCAGAGGAUGAAAAUAGCUGGCUGGGUGGUGUUGUGAGCCAUCAAGACCCAAUAACUCGUCUUAUGGAGGUGUCUAUAACUGAGAGUGGUGAAAUAAAGUCAGUGGAUCCUCGACUGAUACAUGUCGUGAUGGAUAACUCUUCUCCAAAUGAGGGAGGGGCUCUUAAGGCAGCUAAAUCAUCCAAAGGGAAAAAGAAGAAAGAGUGUCUGGAGGGAAAGGAUGGACGAAGGAGGAAAAAUGCUUCAGAUUCUGGAUGUGAUCCUGCAACGAAGAAGCUAAAGGAGAGGGGUGAGACAGAUAGCAAUAGUAGCGAUGGAGGUGAGGCGAGCAGAGGUCCUUGGAAAGGAGGCUCCAAUAGUGAAAAAGGACUGGAUCCAAGGGCCAAACAGUUGCCUUCAUUCAUUCCUCAGAUUAAUCGCAAUAUUCGCUUUGCCACUUACACCAAAGAGAAUGGCCGAACACUAGUAGUCCAAGAUGAGCCGGUUGGAGACGCGCCAGUAUCCUUCACUCCAUUUUCCUCUGUGGCUGGGCCAGCAUUGUUAGUUGGAUCUGGAUGUAAAGACGUGGGAAAAUCACUGGAGCAGGUCAGCCAAAGCACAGUGACUUCUGCGACAGCAGUUACAACAACUUCUUUGACACUGACAACUGUAAGGAUCUCUGAUAACAGCAUGUCAGCAGUUACUGGGCAGGAGAAACUGAAAACUAGCCGAAUCCCAACUCAGGGAGAGAAUUCCCGAAACUCACUUUUGGCUUCCUCUGCGUUUGGAGUCUCUCCCCCAAGCGCUUCUCAGGCAUCAGGCUUUGGGAAUGGGAGGAGCCAAUCAAAUGGAGUGGUGACUCCAGAGAGCAAGCCUUCUGGAUUUGCCUUUGGUUGUAGCACUGGACAAGAGACUCAGAAAGAUUCUGAUCUGUCCAAAAACUUGUUUUUUCAAUGCAUGUCCCAAAAUCUACCUUCCAGUAACUACUUCACAGCGAUUUCAGAGAGUUUGGCAGAAGAUGCCUCUACUCGGGAUCCAUUCAAGCAAUGUACAGAGAACAUGGUUCCUGGUAUCUGUAAAGGUAAAAUUGUUCUUUCAACGGACACUAAAGCUGGAACCCAGUCUGGCAGUUCUGUGGAACGGAAGCUGCCACUGGAAUCUAUGCCAACCCUCACGCCAGCCUUUCCCCGAAGCCUUUUGAAUACUCGGCCCCCAGAUARUCAUGAAAACCUGUUUUUACAGCCCCCAAAGCUAUCCAGAGAGGAGCCUUCAAAUCCAUUCCUGGCAUUUGCUGAGAAAGCAGAACUUAAUCCUUUCAGCAGCUUUGCAUCUUCAUCUCAGACAGGGGUUUCUAUUCCCUCUACACCUGCGGGUCCUAAGGCCACUUCUGGCUGGCCAGAAUCACUCACCUCUGCAGACUCUUCUCUAAAUAAGAAGAAAACAUUGUUUAUAACGACUGAUUCCUCAAAGAUGGUUUCCAGUACUCCAGGUUCAAAGAUUACUGCUGGUGUUCAGAGCCCUUCCACUAUGGGGAAUGGCCGCUCCAACUCACCGACCAGCAGUCUGACACAGCCUAUUGAGAUGCCUACGCUUUCCUCCAGCCCAACAGAAGAAAAGCCAUCUGUUGGGCCUGGUCAGCAGGACAAUCCUCUUCUGAAAACUUUUUCCAGUGUGUUUGGCAGGCAUCCAUCUGGCUUUUUCUCUUCACAGACAGAGUUUCCACAGGAGAACAAAGCCCCAUUUGAAGCUGUGAAAAGGUUCUCUCUAGAUGAGCGGGGCUUGACAUCCAAACAAGACUCAGACUCUAGUACCAAUAGUGACCUGUCAGAUUUGAGUGACUCUGAAGAGCAGCUCCAGGCCAAGGCUUGUAUAAAGGGAAUCCCAGAACACUUGAUGGCAAAGCUGGGCCCCAGUGCAGAACACAGUGCUGAAUUGCUGCUGGGAAAAGGGAAAGGGAAGCAAGCCCCAAAGGGCCGACCUCGCACAGCUCCCUUAAAAGUUGGUCAGUCUGUGUUAAAAGAUAUGAGCAAGGUGAGGAAGCUUAARCAGUCAGGAGAGCCUUUCCUCCAGGAUGGCUCUUGCAUCAAUGUGGCCCCACAUCUGCACAAGUGCCGGGAGUGCCGUCUGGAGCGGUACCGCAAGUUUAAGGAACAAGAACAGGAUGAUUCAACUGUGGCCUGUCGCUUCUUCCAUUUCCGGAGACUGAUAUUUACCCGGAAAGGUAUCCUGCGAGUAGAGGGAUUUUUGAACCCACAGCAAAGUGACUCUGAUGCCAUGAGUCUGUGGAUUCCUUCUUCCUCUCCUGCAGAGGGGAUUGAUCUGGAGACUUCAAAAUAUAUUCUAGCAAAUGUUGGGGACCAGUUCUGCCAGCUUGUUAUGUCAGAGAAGGAGGCAAUGAUGAUGGUGGAGCCACAUCAGAAAGUGGCAUGGAAGAGAGCAGUACGUGGUGUGAGGGAAAUGUGUGAUGUAUGUGAGACAACACUCUUUAAUAUUCAUUGGGUUUGUCGUAAGUGUGGCUUCGGAGUCUGUCUGGACUGUUACCGGCUGAGAAAGAAUCGUCCGCGUAGUGAGACAGAGGAGAUAGGUGAUGAGGAAGUGUUCUCCUGGCUGAAAUGUGCAAAGGGGCAGUCUCAUGAACCAGAGAAUCUUAUGCCAACACAAAUCAUUCCUGGCACAGCCCUUUACAAUAUUGGAGACAUGGUUCAUGCAGCACGUGGCAAAUGGGGUAUUAAAGCGAACUGUCCUUGUAUUAACCGGCAGAACAAAUCAGUGUUGAGACCUGCUGUCACUAAUGGAAUAUCACAGCUUCCGAGUAUAAAUCCUAGUGCACCAGUCUCUGGAAAUGAAAGCACUUUUUCCACUGGAGCAGGGACAACAGGACUGGGGCAGCUGGAAACGGACACUGUUGCAAAAUCUGAGGCAACUGAUGGUAGGAUAGAAGAGUCUGCAAAAACAGAAACGUUACCAGCCAGUAACACUGGUGAAACAAAGACCAACAGACCCCUUUGUCCAGAAACAGCCCCAUCAUCAGCCUUGCACUGGCUUGCAGACUUAGCAACACAAAAAGCAAAAGAAGAGACAAAAGAAACAGGAUCACUGAGGUCAGUGCUUAAUAAAGAGUCCCAUUCACCCUUUGGAUUGGAUUCCUUCAACUCCAGUACAAAGGUUUCCCCACUAACCCCAAAGUUGUUCAAUAGCUUAUUGUUGGGUCCAGUGACAUCUAGCAACAAAGCUGAAGGCUCCAGCCUUAGAGAUCUGCUACACACUGGGCCAGGAAAGCUUCCUCAGGUCCCGUUAGACACAGGAAUCCCCUUUCCUCCUGUCUUUUCUGCAGCUUCCACAGGGGCCAAAGGCAAAUCAAGCCUGCCUAAUUUCUUAGACCAUAUCAUUGCUUCUGUGGUGGAAAAUAAGAAAACAUCUGAUCCUGCAAAACGAACUAGUAAUUUGGCUGACACACAGAGAGAGGUGAAGGAAAUGGUAAUGGGAUUAAAUGUGUUGGAUCCACACACCUCCCACUCUUGGCUAUGUGAUGGUAGACUCCUUUGUCUUCAUGACCCUAGCAACAAAAACAACUGGAAAAUCUUCAGGGAGUGCUGGAAACAAGGCCAGCCCGUGUUGGUAUCUGGUGUUCAUAAGAAGCUGAAGCCAGAGCUCUGGAAACCAGAAGCUUUCAGCUUGGAAUUUGGAGAUCAAGAUGUAGAUUUGGUGAACUGCAGGAACUGUGCCAUAAUCUCAGAUGUGAAAGUACGUGACUUCUGGGAUGGCUUUGAGAUAAUAUCUAAACGGCUCAGGUCAGAUGACGGUCAACCAAUGGUACUAAAGCUAAAGGAUUGGCCUCCAGGAGAGGACUUUCGAGAUAUGAUGCCCACAAGAUUUGAGGACUUGAUGGAAAAUCUUCCCCUUCCUGAGUAUACCAAAAGGGAUGGCAGACUGAAUUUGGCUUCUAGGCUGCCAAGCUACUUUGUCCGUCCUGACCUGGGUCCUAAAAUGUACAAUGCCUAUGGUUUGAUUACUGCAGAAGACAGACGAGUUGGUACAACCAACCUGCACUUGGAUGUGUCUGAUGCUGUUAAUGUCAUGGUGUAUGUGGGCAUUCCCAUUGGAGAAGGAACCCAUGAUGAUGAGGUUCUGAAAACAAUUGAUGAGGGAGAUGCUGAUGAUGUAACAAAGCAGCGAAUCCAUGAAGGAAAAGAAAAACCUGGAGCAUUGUGGCACAUCUAUGCUGCCAAGGAUGCUGAAAAGAUACGGGAACUUCUCCGGAAAGUAGGAGAAGAACAAGGCCAAGAAAAUCCCCCGGAUCAUGACCCUAUUCAUGACCAAAGCUGGUACCUGGACCAGACCUUACGUAAGCGACUCUAUGAUGAAUAUGGUGUUCAAGGUUGGGCAAUAGUGCAGUUCCUAGGAGAUGCUGUGUUCAUUCCUGCAGGUGCUCCCCAUCAGGUCCAUAAUUUGUACAGCUGCAUCAAAGUGGCAGAAGAUUUUGUAUCUCCAGAGCAUGUGAAGCACUGUUUCCGUCUGACCCAAGAGUUCAGGCAUUUGUCUAAUACUCAUACAAAUCAUGAAGAUAAACUGCAGGUGAAGAAUAUUAUCUACCAUGCAGUGAAAGAUGCUGUUGGCACACUGAAAGCUCAUGAAUCCAAACUAGCUAGGUCGUAGGAGUUGCUAAUUCCAAAUCCCCUGUGAAGUAAGCCUUUUGCUCACAGUAUAUACAGGGACUGCACGACUGCCUCUGCAGGAGUAGAGGCUUCUCACUAAGAGCUGGUGUGGUCAGUAUUACACACACUCUUCAGCCACUGUUUUCUGCGCUGCCUCAACGCUGAAGGCCUAAAGGAAGGUCGCACUGUUACAUGCAGAAUUCCAGAUUCUAAUGAAAGGUGCCAUGUCCCUUUCCUGUGGCCUUUUGCAAAUUGAAAUAAUGAGGAAACUGCAAGGUGUUCCUGCAUAAUUUGAUUAGAAAUGGUAUAAAGAGUGUGGAUGUUUUUUUUCCUCAUGCCUAGUUAGUCUGCACAGAGUUAGAAGGAAUGUGCUGGAGGUGGGUUGUCCUACUGCAGCCUUAGUUGAUAGCUGCUGAAGGAGUGUGACCAGCAGUAGCCAAAUUGCAGAAAUUUAAGCAAUCUUCCCAUAUGAAAUACAGGCCAAGGAAAAUGACAGAUCUGUUCUCUACACUCCCCUUCUUGUAGCCAUUUCUCUAUACACUGUAGAGUUGCAGAAAUAAAGGGAGAACCCACUUUCUUUUUUCCUCCAGGAGACUCCUAAAAUAGGAGAAUUGUGUAUUUAGUGAAAAACUAGGUUUGUAGUGAUACAGUUAAUAUUUCAUGAAAGUAGAUAUUUUUAGUAUUUUUGAAAUACCACAACUGUUCCUGGAUUUCCAAGGAAAGGCGCAUUACAUUUAGUCUUCCUUUCAAUAAAAUCAAGAAGUGAUUUUUAGAAAGCAGGCCAAAAUAGCACAAAAGCAGCCAAAGGGGAGUGAAUAGAAAUUGACACCCCACCUCCCUUGCCCAUAUUCCUUGUCCCUCUUUUCUACCCCGUCCCUCUAUCCCCCUGCUUCCUGAAAAUGAGAAGGAAGUAGGAAUAUGAACUCUGUUCUCAUGUGGAGAUGUUGUGCAUCUCUCCCUGCACUGGUAACCACAGGCAAUAGUUUACCUAAUGCCAGUGCUAGUUCAAGAUCUGUAUCCUUUCCAAAAGCGAAGGAAAAUUUAAUUUUCAGUAUCAACUUUGUCCAGAGCUAUUUUAAGUAAAAUGUUCCUGCUUGAUAGAACCGUAUUCAGAAUUUACUAAUGUCAGCAUCGAUGCAAUGGAUUUCAUUGGGGAAAUAUAUCUACCUUAUAUCCAGCUGUACUGUAGUGCCACCUGCAGG